GCCCAAUUUUGGGCUAACAGACUAUUUAAAGACACAUUACCCUUUUGCAAACACUUCAUCACAGAAUCAUAAGAGUUUUUGUGUGCUCUUGGAUUGGUUGUUAGAAUGGAGGGUCAGAGUAAGGGUAGUUUUAAUGUGAUGGAAGGGAGUGAGGGCAAAGGAAGGGAGUUUGUGGUGGAAAAGUCUGCAUCAUCAAUAGUGGGAACUUGUGAUUUGGUUCUAAGGAUUUUGGCCUUUUUACUAACCCUUGUGGCUGCUGUAGUUAUUGGGACAGAUAAGCAAACUGCCAUUGUUCCAAUCAAGCUUGUGGAUUCUAUGCCAACUUUGUACGUUCCUGUUGCAGCUAAGUGGCAUUACUUGUCUGCCUUUGUCUAUUAUGUGGGGGCAAAUGCAAUAGCAUGUGCAUAUGCAAUACUGUCUCUCUUGCUCACUCUUGCAAAUAGGCGUAAAGGCAAAGGAACGAUGGAGACAUUGAUCACUGUGCUGGACACAGUAAUGGUAGCUUUGCUCUUCUCCGGCAACGGAGCCGCCAUGGCGGUUGGUCUCCUUGGCUUGCAAGGAAACUCACAUGUGCAUUGGAACAAAGUGUGCAAUGAGUUUGGGAAAUUUUGUGACCAAGUGGCUGCUUCCCUUUUCAUAUCACUGCUUGGAUCAAUAGCAUUCCUCUUGCUGCUGAUAGUUCCUCCUGUUUUGAGACUUAAACAGACAACUUAAGGUGCCUAGGAGUCUUUAAUCACUGAAUCAAUAAAUUUAAUGUGGUUAAUUAUCCACAACUUUAUUUUAUAUGUUAUGUGUGAGAAUUAAUAGUAUUAUGGUGGCACCCUAAGCCCAAUAGACUGACUACAUUGUAAUGUGAGAGAAACUUUGUACUUUUUUUAGGAACAUGUAAUGGGUUUAUUUGGAUUAUAGCAUAUGAAUGUAUGCUAGACAUUCAACUUUC